UUUGGACUUGUGGUUGAACAGAACUGGAUGUUUAAAGGCCUCACGGUGGUCUCUGACAUUAACAGCCCCGAGCCUGACUGUAGACGUGUUGGACUUGUUGUCCUCUGUGUGUUUAGCAGGAAGAAGACUUCCCAGUAGACCUGGAGAACUGCAUCACUCUGGAUGAACUUGACGAAGACAAGUCUGAUAAAGACACAGCAUCAGAUGAUGGAGUCCCAGAUAGACCUAAGUCGUCACAGUCCAGCAGAGUGCUCUACUUUGCCAACCUGCCACCGCGGUUCAGCGACUCUGAGUUCGUCAGACUGGUGAAAGGCUUCGGGACGGCGGCGCGCUACAUCCUGAUCCGCACCCGACAAGAGGGUUUCAUCGAGAUGUCGAGUUCGUCAGAGGCCUCAAAAGCUGCCAAAGAGCUGACCUACAGACCCAUCACCUUCAACAACUUCAAACUCAUCGUCCACCUCUCCAACAAAUACCACAGGCUCACCAACGGGUGGGCUGUAACUUUGGAUGAAAGCAAAGAGAAGAGGAGUGAACGCAGGAGUCCAAGCAGCAGCAGCAGCAGCAGCAGGAGGAGCGAGAGACAGAGCAAAUCCAGAUCGGGAACUUCAGAUCGGGACGACAAGAGGUCGAAGGAGAAGAAGGAGUCCUCGAAGAAGUCACCAGAGAAAGAGUCAGCGUCUAACAAGACCACAGAGAAAGAUGUGAUGUCUAGAAAGACACCAGAGGAAGACUCAACAGAAAAAGAUGUAACAUCCAGAUGGACUCCUGAGAAUGGUUCUUUGGGCAAAAAAACUGAAGAAAAGGACCUCAAAAACACAUCAGGGAAGGAAUCCACUGCUGGAGACACUCCAGAGACAGAAAAGAAGAGCCUAAAAAGAGAAGAGGCUCUUGAAGACGACUCGUCCCAAAAAACCCCGAAGACAAAAUUGGCGAAAGUCAGUCUUGAGCUAAACCAGAAGCCGGCAAACGAUAAGCUGGAUGAGAAACCUUUAGAGACAGCCGAAACGAAAGAUAAAGAAACACCAGAGUCAGAGGUGAAGGAUUCAGAGAGUCCAGAUCCACCAGACGGCACCACAGAUCGUCCACCACAACCUCAACAGGUGCGGCUUCAGGUUCCUUCAAAACUCCUUUGACAAGAUAAAAAAAAAAUCACCAAUCAACAGUUUGGUUUGUGUAAAAUGCAAGCUGACUUCUGCAGGAACUGCUGACGUAGGUUUU